UUGGCUUUGCCGCCGGUGCACGAGAUGGAAUUCGUCCUGGUGCCAAUCCACUUCAGCCAAAACCACUGGUUCCUGGUGGAGAUCAACAUGUCGAAGCAGGCAGUGCGCGUCUAUGACUCGAUGAAGAGGGAGCUGCACGACUACAUGGAGCUCGUCAACAACUUGAAGCACUGGGUUAAGCGUGAGGCAGCUGUACGCCACCGUGUGCGCCUGGACAUGCGGACGUGGGACGUAAAGCUGGUGGAGGUUCCGCAGCAGGGGAACACGGACGACUGCGGUGUUUACACUAUCUUCUUUGCGGAGCACCUGUCUUUGGGGCUCCCCAUCCCGGAGCUGACACCGGAGGAGGUUCCCAAGCUGCGCUUUUCGUACAUGCGGCGGUUCCUGCAACACUGGAACCUGCGCCAGUAGCUAGGGUGCAUGGCGGGGCGUAGCAAGGCCCCUUUAGUGAUAACGAACAACGGUUUUUGCCCAUUUUUCCUGUGCUCGCCAUCAAUGGGGCAACUGCAAGGAGUGUGCCCCCGUAAUCUAUGUGUCUAGCUGAGGCCGCUGCUUAUGUUCGUGUGUCAAAC